AUGCUGGGUUGUAAAUUUUUACUGAAGAUCAGCCGCGCUUUGAGUCAAGCGAAAGACAAUACUGCGCCGUUUGGAGGUAUUAAUAUCAUUUUUGCUGGGGAUUUUGCCCAACUAGGUCCAGUACGCGAACAACGUUUGUUUUCGUACAUCGAUACCCGCCGCGCGACCACAAUUCAUGGUCAAGAGAUAGUGUUUGGAAAACUGCUGUGGUUGACUGUGAAUACGGUGGUUUUACUGACAGAGGUAAUGCGACAAACCGGUAUUGAAAACAAACCUUUUGUAGAUUUAUUGUCGCGUCUUCGGACUGGUAGCUGUACACAAAGCGAUUACGAUCUUCUUAACACGAGGGUGCUUGGUAACGUGCAGCCGGAUUGGAGUGAUCCUCAAUGGGCAAGUACGCCAACUAUUGUUUCUAGCAAUCGGGUGAAAGAUUUAAUCAAUGAGCGCGCUACGGAAGCCUUCGCUAAACGUACCGGACAACCUUUAUAUUGGUAUCACUCCUCCGAU